AUGGGACAAUAUUUCUCAUCUUCACAAAGCAACAGCGCAUCAAAUACUCCACAAAGGAUUCCAAAUUGUAUAGAUCCUCGUUCACCAACCCGAGAUAUUGAUCGAACACCGAUUCAAAUAAAUGAGUGAGUUUUUAUUUGAAAUAAUUGUUGGUUUUAAUUGAAAGAAAACUUUUUAGUGAUAAAUCUGGCGAUGAGAAUAGUACAACAGCGAUCAAAAACGAGCCAAAACGACAAAGUUUACGUCAGAAAAUCAUCAAGAAAAAAGCGGAAGAGGAAAUGGCGAAAAACUAA